UACAAAGUCUUCCACUUCCCCUCACUCACUCAAAUCCGAAUCCCCAUUUUCACACACCAAUCCAUUCUACUAACCUCUGCAAUAAAUCCCCCAUUUAUAUUUAUUCCCUUCUCAAAUUCAGAUCCAAUCAAGAAUAUAUACACAUAGUUUCAAUACACAUAUUUGAGAGUAGCCGUUGUUUCACAAACAUGGCUCCACUCCAUUUGCACCUCCACAAGGUACUUCUCUUUCUCCUCAUCCUCACUUCAACUCUCAUUUCUGCCCACAACCCUUCCCCCAAAUCAAAAUUCUUGUUACAGUCCCAACAAGAUGAUGAUAAUGAUGAACACCAAACACAAGAUCAAGAUCAAGAUCAAGAACACCCACUACCAUCCAUCAAGAAAAAACCCAUAUCCAAGAACCUCACCAACCCCAUCAAACCCACCUCCAAUUCUGAUUCCAAUCCCAAACCCACUAAACUUUCUCCCAAGAAACUCAAUUCCACCUCCAAUUCUAAUUCCAAUCUCAAACCCACUAAACCAUCUCCCAAGAAACUCAAUUCCACCUCCAAUGGUGUCUCCUUAAACCCACCAAAAUUAUCCUCUCCCAAAAACAAAACCACUACAAAGAAAGAAAGCAAAGCCCAAUUACAAAGCGAGCCCAACAAACCCAAAUCCACUCCGGCCCAACAAAGGCCCAAUUCGCCCGCCACCGGCGGCGACGACGAAUACGACGUCGUUUCCGAUUUCCGGAACCUUCCGGUGAAAUUCCAGGAAUCAUUCUUACCAGACUUGGAGAAGAUCACCAAAUCCUCCAAAACCUACAUCGCCAGAUACAACAAGGAGUUCGCCAAGGGAUUCAAACCCUACGUCGGCGGAAAAUACGCUCCGGCGGCCGCCUCCGCCGUGUCCCUGGCGUUCGUCGUCUUCCCCCUAAUCCUCGUCUCCCUCAUCUUCAAUCGAAUCAAGGCCUAUUUCUCCCUCCAGCGCCUGCUGAUCUUCAUCCAGAUCUACCUCGCCAUCUACUUCGCCACUCUCUGCCUGUCCUCCGUCGCCACCGGACUCGAGCCGCUCCGGUUCUUCUACGCCGCCGCAAAGUCCACCUACGUCGCCGUCCAGGUGGUCCAAACCCUAGCUUACGUGUUGUACCUCCUGCUGCUGCUGAUGUACCUCGUCCUCGUGUUUUCUACGGAGACCCCUCUGGCGACGAAGCUAUUGGGCCUGGCCCAAACCUUAACGGGCUUAUUAGUGGGCCUACAUUAUUAUAUGACGGUAUUUCAUAGGGCCGUGCUACGUCAGCCGCCCAAGAUAAGCUGGAAAGCCCAUGGCCUUUAUGCCACGUGCUUCUUUCUGAUUUGUCUGUUAGCGAGAGUUGUUGACAGGAGGAAGAAGAGUUAUUAUUUGGAGGAUGGAGGGGAAGAGGGUAAACAAAGUUAGUUAAUUCUUUUUCUUUUUCUUCUUUUUUUUUUUGUUUAAAAUUUAUAUUUUUAAUGUAAUUUUCUAAAAGAGGCGUGACAUUAAAAAUAAUAAAAUGAAACGAAUGUUCUUCUGGUUU